CAGAGAAAUGGAUUUAUGAGGCUGAACACAGCACCAACGAUCCGGUACUAGGAGAAGAGUUGCAGAGUCAGCUUCGUCUCUCGCGUGUUUUUAAUAUACCAAUACUCCGAGAUUGAUAUAUGUGUAUAUAUAGUCUGUCGUUACGGUAGCUGUGCUGUGUUGAAUGUUGGUGGGCUAACGGAGGAGCCCCUUGGAGUGCAGUAACACCGACCUAAAGAUACAUAGCUUCAUGUACGUGCCUCCUAAUUUACCAGCAUUGUAACGACUUCCACUGCGUGCCUAUUCGGCGUGGGAAAGCAGACUGACGUUUGGACCGAGAAUGAAGGAACCCAACAUACCUGUUGUAUGAGCUCGAGAACAUGGACGACAUCAAGGUGAGCCUUCAGGACAGGGAGCUGUGGAGGAAGUUCCACGAGGCGGGAACAGAGAUGAUCGUCACCAAGGCUGGGAGGAGGCUCUUUCCAAGCUAUAAGGUGAAAGUAUCAGGUUUGGACCCCAAAAUGAAGUACAUCCUCCUAGUGGACAUUGUCCCAGCUGACGAUCACCGCUAUAAGUUCUCCAACAACAUGUGGGUGGUCGCUGGGAAGGCGGAGCCUGCUAUCCCUGGGCGGCUGUACGUACAUCCGGACUCACCAGCCACCGGUGAUCACUGGACCCGCCAGGUCGUGUCUUUCCAGAAACUGAAGCUCACCAACAACCACCUGGACCCCUUCGGACACAUUAUCCUCAAUUCAAUGCACAAGUUCCAGCCGCGGCUGCACGUCGUAAAGGGCGACGAAAACGACGGCUUCGGACACCAGGGCGGUGCCUUCUGCACUCACGUCUUCCCUGAAACGGCCUUCAUCUCAGUGACAUCCUAUCAGAACCACAGGAUCACGCAGCUGAAGAUUGAAAACAACCCGUUUGCCAAAGGUUUCCGGGGGGGUGAUGAAGGGGAGCUGCAUGAACCCCACCCCCUGGGGAAGCACUUGCUCAGGCUGGCUUCCUGUCAAGGCCCAGCAGAUCCCAGGCUGCGAUCAGACCACUGCCACUCUCAUGGCACUGGCUCUGCCACACUGCAGCGCCAACACCUGCCUCAUGAACCUGUCCGGCCUCGGAGGAGCACUGCACUGCCAAAUUACUAUCCCAGGCACAGAGAUCACAACAGGGCUCGAGAGCUGGGAUGUAAGCGCUCUCAUCCUGACACGUCGCCCCCUUGUGGACUGGAGGGGGACUGCCAUCGGCCAUCUCCAUCAUAUGAGUCUCUGCUAAUGGCCCAGCCAUACAGGGGUGAAGCGCUAUGCUCCCCAGAGGCGUGUAUGCUUGGGGGGUCCAAGGGAGAGGCAGAGGGGCGUGAGCCCUUCAGCCUACUAGCACAGGUGGCAUAUCUGCCCUACGGAUCCCACCUCGCCCGGGAAGCCGUAUCCACAGCCGCCCCCACACUGCCCCCCUAUGGCCAGGCUGCUGCCUGGGGUGACCAGCCCCCAAAUCUCCCCUUAGCCUCCAACCAGGGCACAUGGGAAAGAAGUGCACAUCACCCACUCUACCACAGGGAGGUGCUAUCCCCCUCUCGUCCAUGCUUGGACUUGGUGCCGUUCCCUUCCCAGAAUUCACCAUAUCAGUGCCACGUGACACUGGGCGCCAUAGUGCCGCACUGGGCAGACAGUUAGCCGGAGUAGUUGGCCGUUUCAUUACUAUGUGUGAGAUGAAGGUCACUUAUCUUGUGGUUGGAGGACGACGGCAAAGGAACUGCUGAUGCUGAACAGCUUCCCAAGUGCCGUCUGCAUGCAGCCGCGUGAUCUAGAGAUGUUUGCAAUUACAGACUGUCCUGCAUGAAGACUUUCGAUCGGUUCCUCAACCGCUACACCACCUGCUGUCCAAUACACGUCACUGUGUCCUGAAUGAGCCUUGCAAGAAUAAUGAAUAUAGUGCAGUGUUUUUAUCUAGGGUUCGAAUCCUGGCAGGGCUCCCCCCAGUCCCCUUUGAUAGCCGGCUGGACCCCAGCAGCUGACCUGCAGCUCCUGACAAACCGCUUCCCCUGCUGCAGAUCAGACGCUCACCGCCACAUGCAGGAUGCUUAAUUGCCUCUGAUUUCCAACCGGGGAUUAAAUGGGAAUAAAAAGCUCGUCUGAGAUAUAUGACUGAGGACAUGCUGUCUGUCUGCCUGAAGGUCUGUGUGCUGAUAGUCACGCACACCAGCACGCAUCUGGGACUCAUUCCUGG